AUGGAAACAGUGCUGCUGGAAAAUGAUGGUUAUGAUAACGCCGAAGGUGAUUUUAUAUGUCGGGUGAAUGAUGUUAUUGCUAAUCCCGAAGGGUAUGGCUACGAAAUUGCCGAUCGACUUGGCCAUGGCACUUUCGGUCAAGUGCUCCGCUGCGUGACCUGUGAUAACCGCAGUUUUGCUGUGAAAAUAAUAAAGAAUAAGCCAGCGUACUUUCAACAAGCUUUGGUUGAAGUGCGAAUCCUCCAACUGCUAAAUCGAUAUUAUGACACUCGCAUAGUGAAAAUGACGGAUUAUUUUGUAUACAGAAAACAUCUAUGCAUAGUGUUCGAGCAAUUGAGUAUGAACUUGUAUGACGUUUUAAAACAGAAUUCCUUCCGAGGGUUACCUAUUAAUAUGAUUAAGUCGAUUAUGGACCAACUCCUACGAGCGUUGGUCUGUUUGCAAACACAAGGGAUCAUUCAUUGCGAUUUGAAACCGGAAAAUAUACUUCUUGUUACGAAACGUAAUACGAAAAUUAAACUUAUCGACUUUGGCAGUGCGGCAUUCAGCGGCUAUCAGGUGGAAAUCUNNNNUAGCAUCACGCGAAGGAGUACAGCUGCCGAUGACCACAAGCCGUCUGAAGAGAUCAUCUUGCCGACGAAGCCUCCACAGCCACCGACUGACAACGGCGAUCAUGAGGAUUUCUUUCAAAUGCUUCAUUACCUAUUCCACCACGGUAUGGGUGGUGUCCAUAGCGAGGCCGCGGAUUUCAUGCCGAGUGCCGUUGGCGAUAUUACUGAUAUUAUGCCGGGUGACUUCUUUGAUACCCGGAAGACUACCAAGUUUGGGGUUUACUCGGGUGACUUCAAAUUGGACGAAUAUGACAGCGUCGCCACCGACGUGACGGUUUACGCCAAGACGAAGGAGUACAACGUCAACAAUGAGGACUUCCGUUAUCUCACCGUUGAUGUCCACGGAGGCACCUUUGGGCAUUGGUUUGGUUACUACCCGACCGUGAAGAUGUACAAUGGUUUCGGCAAUGUGUACAUCAGCGCAUAUUACUUCCGUCCUCUUCCUGUCGAACCUGACAUGAUGACUGGAAAUCAUUCAGUAGGUGAGGAAGCAACCGCCACACCCAAGCCGGUGGAUGGUGAGCACGGCCGGGACGAGAAUUAUCAUCACGUCACUUUGACGGCCAAGGCCCGGGCUAACAUCUACCUCCCAUGGGGUCAGACGGCUGUUCCUUGCUUUGGUUCCGCUGGUGGCGAUGGCGCCUGGUAUCUGAUGCAUCAGUUUGGUGAUGAGAGGCUUCAUUGUGUCGUCUUUGAUGGUAAGUAUAAGACAUGGUAUUCUGCUGAUCAACCUAAGAAGAGGGAUCCUGUGUGGGUAACGUCCGGCGAUGUUCUCCUCGCCAUGAGGAAGCGUUCUGGUUACAUGCGGGGAUACCGCGUUAAGGUCCUCGCUCACGGCCUCCCAUUCAUCCUCCAGUGGAGGGGAGUCCAACGCGGUAUGCAGUCCACUACGGCGAAGAUUGAGAGGGGAUGUGGCGGCUUUUGCGUUUUUGGCGACUACGGCCCGAUGUAUACCGUUGACGACACCUACCGGGUUGAGGACUCGACUUUUGAGCUCAGCUUCGACCAUUCCGUCCUCACGGCUACAACACCAUACCCUCCCCAUGAUACUACGGAAACACCAGAGAUGCCGGGGACGGGGGCGCCUGCAGAGUCUACUACUACCGAGGCCCCUGUAGAAGAAUCUACUACUGAAGCCCCCGUAGAAUUGUCCACUACUGAGGCCCCCGUAGAUGCGGCUACUACUGAAGCCCCUGUAGACGAGUCCACUACUGAAGCACCUGUAGGCGAGUCCACUACUGAAUCUCCUGUAGAUGAGUCUACUACUGGCGCCCCUAUAGACGAGUCCACUACUGAAGCUCCUGUAGGUGAGGCUACUACCGAAGCCCCUGUAGAUGAGUCUUCUACUGAAGCCCCUGUUGGUGAGUCCACUACUGAGGCUCCUGUAGACGAGUCCACUACUGAAGCCCCUGUAGGCGAGUCUACUACUGAGACCCCUGUAGACGAGUCUACUACUGAAGAGUUUACUACUGAGGCCGCUGUAGAUGACUCUACUACUGAGGCCACUAUGGAAGAGUCUACUACUGAGGCUCCUGUAGCCGAGUCCACUACUGAAGCUCCUGUUGGUGAGUCUACUACCGAGGCCCCUGUAGACGGUUCUACUACUGAAGCCCCAGUGGAUGAGUCUACUACUGAAGUUCCUGUAGACGAGUCUGCUACUGAGGCCCCUGUAGACGAGUCUACUACUGGGGCCCCUGUAGACGAGUCUGCUACUGAGGCCCCUGUAGACGAGUCUACUACUGAGGCCCCUGUAGAUGAGGGUACCACUAAAUCCCCUGUAGACGAGUCCACUACUGAGGCCACUAUGGAAGAGUCCACUACUGAGGCCCCUGUAGAUGCGGCUACCACUGAAACCCCUGUUGGUGAGUCCACUACUGAAGCACCUAUAGGUGAGGCUACUACUGAAGCCCCUGUAGACGAGUCCACUAGUGGAGCCCCUGUAGGUGAGGCUACUACUGAGGCUCCUGUAGACGAGUCCACUACUGAAGCCCCUGUAGAUGAGUCUACUACUGAAGCUCCUGUAGACGAGUCCAAUACUAAAGCCUCUGUUGGUGAGUCCACUACUGAGGCCCCUGUAGACGGGUCUACUACUGAAUCUCCUUUAGACGAGUCUACUACUGAAGCACCUAUGGGUGAGGCUACUACUGAAGCCCCUGCAGAUGAGUUUACUAUUGGAGCCCCUAUAGACGAGUCCACUAGUGAAGCCCCUGUAGAUGAGUCCACUACUGAGGCCCCUGUAGAUGAGUCCACUACUGAAGCCUCUGUUGGUGAGUCCACUACUGAGGCCCCUGUAGACGGGUCUACUACUGAAUCUCCUGUAGACGAGUCUACUACUGAAGCACCUAUGGGUGAGGCUACUACUGAAGCCCCUGCAGAUGAGUUUACUACUGGAGCCCCUAUAGACGAGUCCACUAGUGAAGCCCCUGUAGAUGAGUCCACUACUGAGGCCCCUGUAGAUGAGUCCACUAGUGAAGCCUCUGUAGAUGAGUCCACUACUGAGGCCCCUGUAGACGGGUCUACUACUGAAGCCUCUGUUGGUGAGUCCACUACUGAGGCCCCUGUAGACGGGUCUACUACUGAAUCUCCUGUAGACGAGUCUACUACUGAAGCCUCUGUUGGUGAGUCCACUACUGAGGCCCCUGUAGACGGGUCUACUACUGAAUCUCCUGUAGACGAGUCUACUACUGAAGCACCUAUGGGUGAGGCUACUACUGAAGCCCCUGCAGAUGAGUUUACUACUGGAGCCCCUAUAGACGAGUCCACUAGUGAAGCCCCUGUAGAUGAGUCCACUACUGAGGCCCCUGUAGAUGAGUCCACUAGUGAAGCCUCUGUAGAUGAGUCCACUACUGAGGCCCCUGUAGACGGGUCUACUACUGAAGCCUCUGUUGGUGAGUCCACUACUGAGGCCCCUGUAGACGGGUCUACUACUGAAUCUCCUGUAGACGAGUCUACUACUGAAGCCUCUGUUGGUGAGUCCACUACUGAGGCCCCUGUAAACGAGUCCACAACUGAAGCUCCUGUGGAUGAGUCUACUACUCCUACAGCCACCCUGACUGAGUCUAUGACUACUGGAGCCUCUUCAAUGGUGUCCACCACUGAAUCCUCUAUGAUGGAGGCUACUAGCACUGGAGCUCCGGAGAUGGCAAUGGAAACUCUAGUGCUGGGAUGGCUAAGGCUCCAAUUUGGGCAGGAAAAUUCGACGGAAAUUAGCGAGGAAAAUCAGAUUUUGGUACGAACUGGGCUGGGGUUUAAACUGAAAAAUAGAAGAGAAUAUGAGGAAACUACAGGAAAACGUGAAAACCCCUCGAGGAAGUACUCGCGAUACAGCACACUACGUGACAUGAUCAUGCAAGCUCCGAUUAAAGCGGGACUACCUCCAGAGCAGCUUAGUGAAGAAACGCUGAGAAGGGAAAGAAUAUUGCAUCUGGUGAACCUUUGCCUGGAAUUCGAUCCAACGACGAGAAUUACUCCCGCACAGGCGUUAACACAUCCAUUGUUCGUUGACGAUGGGAGACCGGGAGCAGGGUUACCUUCGAAUUGGUUGCCGAGAAGUGCAGAGCUGUGCCUGAUGAACUUGAUCGAUGAUACGACCAGCUUCUUGCAUAACUCUAGUAGUCGCCCGGUAGCAGACCUGACUGAGUCGGCACCAUCGACGCCCUAUCGACAAGGACGAGGAGGGUACUCUCCUUCGGGGGGAAGUGCUGGGGGUGGUAGCAGGCUGAAGGGAAGCGAAUCUAUAUAUUCUAACGCCUCGUCACCAAGCCAAGCUGGAGGGGGGUCUUCUAAUCUACGGGGGUUCCUUAACAAUCAGCCGGUCCAUGUUGGGAGUGCUCCAGCGGUGAGCAUGAUGAUGCAGGGAAACCGGCAAGUUACAGUGGAAGAGCAAGGCACGGGGAAAAAUAACAAAGCUGGUAUUCCCCUACCGGACGAUACGAUGCCUGUUAGUUAUCGACCAGCCCUCCAUAAGGUGCCUGAUAGUUACUUUCAAGGGUUCAUACAUGGAAAAUAUUUGAUGAACUCUGGUCAUCCUCUACCCUUGGGAGUUUCCCCACCUGCACACUAUUCACGAUUGCAACACCAGAUGCAACAACAACAACAUCAGCAGCAUCUGGGGUCCUCGACAGCAGCACCUGCUGUUGUUGCCCAACGUGUACUGUCGGCAACUCAUGGACAAGGCCAGAGGGCUUCUAGCCAUACUCUGGUACACGGAAGUCCGGGGGGGACGGAAACUGGUAGAACUCAUGAUAUGAUGUAUGCCACUAAGGGUCAGUAUGGGCAACGCCAGGGUGGCAUGGGAGCAUCCUCCAUGCUUCAGCAAGCUAGUGGUCAGGGACGAGUGCAUAUGCAUAUCGCGGCCCAUCAUAGGCGUUUGGGAGGGAAUAAUCGGGAUAGGGUCUCACCGUUUAGUCAGCAUUCCUCGUGCUCGAGUGACAGCUUCGACGAUCCAGCGUUCGCUAGCGUCCCCUCGCAUGAACUUAGUUAUAUGCCACCAGCGGGUUCCGAAUGGUGUCCAUUGGUGAGCGGCACUAAUACUCCUCUGCAACCAUCAGCAGGGGUACCUGUAUCGUCGUAUGCUUAUGCUCAGCAAGAACUAGGUACUAGUAGGCGUCACCCUCUGGACCCGAGUCCUCUGAGAUCGUCUUCAAAUCCAAGUGAUGUGAGCUCCCCGAUUCAACACCAACAACAGCAGCAUGGGAGCAUGCCUUUCCCGACUGACGACGGCACUGAUCUUGGUAUCUACAUACAGGAACAACUACAACAUAUAAGUCCUGCUAGAGGUAACUCCGGAGUUGAUGAAUCACUCGGUGGUGGCCGACUUGGCAGUAGUAACCUCCUGGGUGGGCAAAGGAUCGGGCGUCUGGGCAGCGACACACCGGUAGGACUACAAGGAAAGGAAAAUGGUGAAGGUAGAGUUCGGCGAGGUAAGUACCCGAGCACCGAUUGA